AUGAAAUUUAAAAGCAUAAAUUCGCUAAAUAUUCACAGCUUCACUCAUGGAAAACGGAAAAAGCUCAGUUGUGAAUUCUGUGCCGAAGUGUUUCCUAGCGAAAAACAUCUGAAAGAGCACUUCAAAUCGCAUGGUAUUCAAGUGCCCAAAUAUGUAUGCCUCAUUUGUGGGGUAUCGUUCUGCAAUUCUGCUAAUGUUAGCCGCCACAUGAAAAGUAUCCACUUAAACUUUAAACAACAUAAGUGUUCAAAGUGUGGACGUGAAUAUUCGCGGAGAGAUCAUCUUAAAAUACAUGAAAAGACACACUUAAGAGGAAGAAAGAUCAAAUGUAAUAUUUGCCCACAAACAUUCAGGUAUAAGAAAGAAUUGGAAAAUCAUAUUGCAGUUCAUGAUGAAGUUAAAAAAUUUGAAAGCUCUUAUACUACUAAAAUGAAGCUAGUGCUUACUGACUGUAUGUCAAACAAACAUAACCCAAACCCUGAUAAAACUUCAAAUACAGAUGUUGAUACUCUGCCUGAGCCGUCAAAACCUAACACUUCCAACGAAGCAAAAUUGAAUCCCAGCGAUAAUAUCUCAGAAACUGAAACCAUGCGUAAAAGUAGUUCUGGAGCAAAGAGCAAUUCACUACAUGCUAAAAAAGAAUCUGAUGGUUUAUUACCUAAUAAAACUGUCAAGAAGAGUAAAAUUACGAAAGAAAAGGAAGUAAUGGAAGUGUUUGAUUGUGAGCACUGUGAAAAGUGCUUUAAAACAGAAAAUAUUUUGAUAAGGCACAAGCAAGUAUGUCAUCCAAUUGAGAUAGAGGAUUAUGUUUGCGAUCAAUGUGGUGAAACGUUUCUUGAAAGGUUCAAUCUGGAUGUUCAUAAAAUGUCUCAUGACAGUACUGCAUUGUUGCAUAAAUGUAAAAAAUGUGAUUCCAGUUUUGUUCGUAAAUCACUUCUGACGAGUCAUGUUAAAAAAGUUCAUGAAUAAAGUUGAAUUUAUAUUCAUCAGAUUUGAAAAAGGCAUUUGCUUUUUUGUUAAAAAAUAUUUGUUACUUCUCCGUUAUUGGUAAGUCAUUUGGCUUGGCAACUUGUUUGCUUUCAGCCUUGGCUAAAACUGAAAAAUUACAUUUACUUUGUUGCCAUGCUUGACCCUCUUUUCCUAAUUUUUACAUAUCAAUGGAACUUUUAAUGUUUAUUUAUGGCUUGUCAUAUUUAUUUAGCUGAUUAUUAUCAUUUAAAGAUGAUUUGAUGAGUUAUUUUAAUGGGAUUUUGCAUGUUAUAGCUUGUUUCUUUUACUUCAAGAGUUAUGCAGUGAAAUCUCGUUAAGACAAACCCCCAAGGGACUGAAAAUUUUGUUCCUUGUAAUAGAUUUCAAGAAAUGUGGUAAAAAUUAAAUCAGGACUGAAGAUUUUUUUGGUUCAAACGAAUCUUUUACUUUUAACGGGAUUACACUGUAUUACUUUUAAAUGGUUCAUUUAAUUAUUUAGGGAAUUACUUUUCGUUUUAAUGGAACUGUUAGUCAUGUUUCAAGGCUUGUUACACACAAAAGAAUAUACGGUAUGACCAAGUAAAUAAUUUAUAUGUAACAUUGGACAAACAUGGCGACAAAAUAAGUGAAAUGAAAAAUAAUCCUAAAGAUUAAAAUUGCACCGUAACGUACCUAUAAUGAAGAAGAACCUACUGUAUAUAUAUAAGAUAUGCAAUAUACAUACUAUGUAUUUGUUUUAUACAUAUUUCUGAACUGAAUUGUUAGAAAAAUAAUAUUUUUUGCCUUUUUAUUAUGUAUUAAUUAAAAUUUGAUGUAUAAAAUUUUAUAAGCUCUACUAUGGAGUUUUAAUCUUAAAUUGCAAAAUCAAACGAUUUAAAAUAAAAUCUAAAUCUGUUGAUUGUUAUUUACUGUUAUUUUUUACUGCUUGCAGUAACUAUUCUUUAUGUUGUGUAUGGUGAAACUUGAGUGCGGAAUGAAUUGUAUUAUAUGUUGGUUGCUUUACUUGUAAGCAUUAGU